AAGACGAGGAAGAGGAGGGGAAAACGAAAACCCUAGAUUCUUCCUUUGUUCAAUUCUCCCUUCGAUUGCGUCCUCUUCGAUCUCGUUUCCCCCAAUUUCGUAAAGAAGUGAAAAAGGGGAUUUGCGUGAUGCUGGACAGCAGCCAGAGCACGGUCUCCGAAAAUCCAACUUCGACGGCUAACAGUGUCACGGAAAAAUCGACCGAUGGGUCUCCUCCUAACAGAAAAUGCCAAGGGAAGGUCCCGAAGAAAAUACACAAAGCUGAGAGAGAGAAACUUAAACGCGACCAGUUAAAUGACCUCUUCCUUGAGCUGGGUAAUUUGCUAGAAUCGGACCGACAAAAUAGCGGAAAGGCAUCCAUAUUGGGCGACACUACUCGAAUAUUGCGCGAUCUCCUUUCUCAAGUGGAGUGUCUCAGAAAGGAAAAUGCUGCUCUACAGACCGAAUCUCGCUACGUAACUACAGAAAAGAACGAACUAAAAGACGAGAACACGGCACUCCAAACCCAAAUUACCGAACUACAAAACGAGCUUCAGGCAAGAAUGGGCUAUGAUCAUCCGGUAUGGACCAACCGCACAGAUUCUCUAAGCCGUCUCGCCACCCCUCACCCUGCAAUUUCGAUCCAACCGCCCCACCACCACAACCGCCAUCACCCCCAGCCACUGGCGCAGCCUCCGCCUGCCGUUAUCGGGCUGGUCUGCCCAACCCCGCCCCGAGAGCUCCAGCUCUUCCCGGUGUCGGAGCCAGCACGGGAGGAGGGCGAGGCGCCCUCCAACGUGAGGCGGCCGCAUGCGAGAUACCCAGCUUCAUUGGAUUCUUGGCCAGGGCAACUGCUUCAUACUAGCCUUGUAGUAACAAGAACACCAGAUGAGCAAUGUAGUAGUAGUGGCCUUACUCUCACAACCAACACUCUGGAAGAGAACCCUAGAUAACUGAUCUAAAAAGAAAACCCAGGCUUGUUGUCAUUCAUGUGAAUAGAGACCUGCCAUUUUGAGUUAUGUAAUUCGGUCUUCAUGCAGAUUGAGUUUCUAUUUUGUAUCUUCAGGUAUCUGAAUUCUUUUUGUUUCAUCGGUGAAAAUAAUAUUUGCUGAGAUUUUAAUCA